GCGGGCGGGGCGAGGCUUCCGGACGCGCUGUUGCAUCAGCUCGGGAGCGAGGGCAGGCGGAGGCAGCAGCAGCAGCAGCUCCGGGAUGGCAGCAGCCGCCAGCGCCGAGCACGCUUCCAGCUACAGUUUUAUUCUGAGCAUUAGUGAAGAGGAAGCCAGGGUGAAGGCUCUGAACGAGUACCUGAGCACUCGUAGUUAUAUCCAGGGGUUCACAUUUUCACAUGCAGAUGUGGAGGUGUUCAGAAAGUUUUCGGGGCCACCUGUGGACCAGUAUAUCCAUGUUGUCCGGUGGUACAGACACAUAGAAGCAAUCUAUGAUGGCAGCAGUGACAAAAAUGAGCCUUGUAAACUUCAAACAAGUAAAGGCAAACGUGUGCAGCCUCCCUGGUCUCCCCCUGAAGGGACAAAACAUUCCAGGCUCUGCCUCUACAACAGCCUGACUCGAAGUAAGGAAGUAUUUCAGCCUCAGAAUGGAAAAAGGGUCUUGUGGUAUUGCUGUGGUCCAACAGUUUAUGAUGCUUCUCACAUGGGACAUGCCAGGUCCUACAUCUCAUUUGAUAUCCUGAGAAGAAUCUUGAGGGAUUAUUUUAAAUAUGAUGUUUUCUAUUGUAUGAAUAUUACAGAUAUUGAUGACAAGAUCAUCAAGAGAGCAAGACAAAAUCACCUUUUUGAACGAUAUAGAGAGAGCAAAUCCACACCAGAUCAGCUGCUUGAAGAUGUUAGAACUGCCUCAGAGCUCUUUUCAGUUAAACUAAAUGAAACAACAGACCCAGAUAAGAAGCAAAUGUUGGAAAGAAUUCAAAAUGCGGUGAAGUCUGCUUUUGACCCUCUACAAGAAGCUCUCCAAGCAAAGCUCCCUGCUGAAGAGAUCAACAGAUGUCAUGAGACACUGUUGGAAGAAGGCAAAGAUUUGCUGUCUGACUGGUUGGACACAAAAUAUGGCAGUCAGGUGACUGAUAAUUCCAUAUUCUCAAAGCUCCCCAAAUUCUGGGAAGGGGAAUUUCAUAAAGAUAUGGAAGCACUCAACGUUUUACCUCCAGACGUUUUAACACGGGUUAGUGAAUAUGUGCCAGAAAUUGUGGAUUUUGUGAAGAAGAUUGUGGAUAAUGGUUAUGGGUAUGUGUCUAAUGGAUCUGUAUACUUUGAUACUAUGAAGUUUGAUGCCAGUGAAAAACACUCCUAUGCUAAGUUGGUGCCUGAAGCUGUAGGUGAUCAGAAAGCUCUUCAAGAGGGUGAAGGUGACCUGAGCAUCUCAGCUGAUCGCUUAAGCGAGAAGCGUUCUCCAAACGAUUUUGCUUUAUGGAAGUCCUCCAAGCCAGGAGAGCCCUCAUGGGACUCUCCAUGGGGAAAGGGUCGUCCAGGUUGGCACAUUGAAUGUUCUGCCAUGGGUGGAUCUGUUCUAGGAGAGUCGAUGGACAUUCAUGGAGGAGGCUUUGAUCUCCGAUUUCCUCACCAUGACAAUGAACUGGCCCAGUCUGAGGCAUAUUUCGAAAAUGAUCACUGGGUUCGCUAUUUUCUGCAUACUGGGCACUUAACAAUUGCUGGCUGUAAAAUGUCCAAAUCUUUGAAGAAUUUCAUUACCAUAAAAGAUGCACUGAAGAAACACACAGCACGACAGUUACGGCUGGCUUUCCUCAUGCACUCUUGGAAGGAUACACUGGAUUAUUCAAGUAAUACCAUGGAGUCAGCUAUUCAAUAUGAGAAGUUUAUGAAUGAGUUUUUUUUGAAUGUGAAGGAUAUUCUUCGAGCUCCCACUGAUGUGACAGGCCAGUUUCAGAAAUGGGAAAAUCAAGAAGUAGAGCUGAACAAAAAUUUUUACGAGAAGAAAGCAGCAAUUCAUGAAGCACUGUGUGACAAUGUUGACACCCGCUCGGUUUUAGAAGAAAUGCGCUCGUUAGUCAGCCAGAGUAACUCCUAUAUUGCUGCAAAGAAAUCCUCCAGACAGAUGCCAAACAGACUUCUUUUAGAAAACAUCAGCUCCUAUCUCACUCAAAUGCUAAAGAUUUUUGGUGCCAUAGAAAGUGAUGAUGCAAUUGGUUUUCCUGUUGGAGGGACUAGUCAAAACAUAAACAUUGAGUCUACAGUGAUGCCAUACCUCCAAGUUCUUUCUGAGUUCAGAGAAGGAGUGCGACAAAUCGCCAGAGAGAAGAAAGUAACUGAAGUGCUGCAGUUGAGUGAUGCUCUUCGGGAUGACAUCCUGCCUGAAUUUGGAGUUCGAUUUGAAGAUCAUGAAGGACUUCCAACUGUGGUUAAAUUAGUGGAUAAGGACACAUUAUUGAAAGAAAGAGAAGAAAAGAAAAAGAUAGAAGAAGAGAAAAAAAGGAAGAAAGAAGAAGCAGCCAGGAAAAAACAACAGCAGGAAGCAGCAAAACUGGAAAAAAUGAAGAUUCCACCACAUGAAAUGUUUAAAUUGGAACUUGACAAAUAUUCCAUGUUUGAUGAAAAUGGAUUUCCUACCCAUGAUACAGAAGGCAAAGAACUUAGCAAAGGACAAAUUAAGAAGCUAAAGAAACUUUAUGAAACCCAAGAAAAGCUACACAAGGAGUAUCUACAAAUGGUUCAGAAUGGAAGUGCAAAUUGAAAACAACAGGACUUUUUAUGUAGAAGGCGAGUGCUGGAUUCCCGUUGAAGAAGUGAGCAUAUACUGCUGCUCAAAUUUCUGUUUACACUUUCUAUUAUGUGCAAAGUCAAAUUCCUGUUUACGUGGGUUAAGAAUGUCAUCUGGAAAUGUAAUAAAAAUCCAUCAUUAAAAAAAAA